CGACGGCGGCGGCGACGGCUCCGGCGGCGGCUCCCGCGGCGGCGGCGGCGGCCGGGGGCUGGAGGCAGGAGACCCUGGCUUCCCAGGGGGCCCGGCUGGGGCAGACGCGAGGGGCCUGGGGGGGCGCUGGCUUUGGCCCCACCUGGGGCAGGAUGGUGAAUCUGGAGCCCAUGCACACAGAUCUCAAGAUGAGUGGGGAUGUAGCCGACUCCACGGACGCUCGCGGCACGCUCAGCCAGGUGGAGCCAGGAAAUGAUCGAAACGGCCUAGAUUUCAACAGGCAGAUUAAAACGGAGGACCUCAGUGACUCCCUGCAGCAGACCCUCUCGCACCGGCCAUGCCACCUGAGUCAAGGACCUGCCAUGAUGUCCGGAAACCAAAUGUCUGGGGACAUGGCUUCCCUCCACCCGCUCCAGCAGCUCGUGCUGGUUCCCGGCCACCUGCAGUCCGUGUCCCAGUUCCUACUUUCUCAGACCCAGCCUGGGCAGCAAGGUCUGCAGCCAAAUCUUCUCCCCUUUCCACAGCAACAAGGGAGCCUCCUCCUCCCGCAGCAGACUGGGCCUGGCCUUGCAUCCCAGGCCGUUGGGCGCCCCGGGCUGCCAGGCUCCUCCUUAGAUCCCCACCUGGAAACCUCCCAGCAUCUCCCAGUGCCCAAGCACCUGCCCACCUCUGCGGGGCCCGACGAGCCCAGUGACCUGGAGGAGCUGGAGAGGUUCGCCAAGACCUUCAAGCAAAGGCGCAUUAAGCUGGGCUUCACACAGGGAGACGUGGGGCUGGCCAUGGGAAAGCUGUAUGGCAAUGACUUCAGCCAGACGACCAUCUCGCGCUUUGAGGCCCUCAAUCUGAGCUUCAAGAAUAUGUGCAAGCUCAAGCCACUGCUGGAGAAGUGGCUGAACGAUGCAGAGUCCUCUCCAUCAGACCCCUCGGUGAGCACGCCCAGCUCCUACCCCACUCUCAGCGAAGUCUUCGGGAGGAAGAGGAAGAAACGGACCAGCAUCGAGACCAACAUCCGCCUGACUCUGGAGAAGAGAUUUCAAGAUAACCCCAAACCCAGCUCAGAAGAGAUCUCCAUGAUUGCUGAGCAGCUGUCCAUGGAGAAGGAGGUGGUGAGGGUCUGGUUCUGCAACCGGCGUCAAAAGGAGAAGCGGAUCAACUGCCCUGUGGCCACACCCAUCAAACCACCCAUCUACAACUCCCGGCUGGUCUCUCCCUCGGGGUCUCUGGGACCCCUCUCGGUCCCUCCUGUGCACAGCACCAUGACGGGAACAGUAACGUCAUCCUGUUCCCCUGGGAACAACAGCAGGCCUUCGUCUCCUGGCUCAGGACUCCAUGCCAGCAGCCCCACUGCCUCUCAAAAUAACUCCAAAGCAGCCGUGACCUCCUCCUCCAGCUUUAACUCUUCAGGAUCUUGGUACCGAUGGAAUCACCCCACCUACCUCCACUGAGACCAGAACCGCUUCUCCCUCCUCCACCUGGCCCUGUGCUCCCUGCCAGGAGGAGGGGAGCCGUGCUGUCUCUGUAUGGACAGGUCACUUUCAGAAGAGUGGAAGAAGAGCCCACCGUCAAUGAACCCAAACUCUUGCCUUCUCCAGAGCAAAGGCCUCUGGAGAUCCAAACUGUGAUGGAACCCUAUGCUGACGCCUAAUGCUCUUGAAACACACACCCCUCCUAGGAGUUUGCCAUUUCCACCUUCCCUGCCUAGCCCUCACCUUCUAGCCCUAAAUUCUCUAGACAGCUACACUGCGGCAGGAAUCUUCCAGAGAAAGGACUUCUUGCCAUUCUUCUCCAACUCUCCUGUGGGCUUCUGGGGACAGCUGUUUGCCUGGUGAGCCAAAUUCCCAGGAGGGGAGACGAUGGUUUUGAUCUGAACUUAGCCACGGUCCCGGACUGAUCCCACAACCCGUAAGAAGAAUGGGAUCUGAUGUACCCACCAUGCCUUGAUGUUUUCUCUGUUCAGCAGGGCUUUCUGCCGGAAGCUUUGCUCCAGCCCAUGUCCCGUCUGACCUCACCCCCUUUUCUGUAACCAAGUCCUCCAGGUUUCCUCCUCUUUUCAAAGGCUGAGUUGCCGCUCCGCCCACCGGUGCUCCUCUCUCUGCUCCCAUCUCCCAGAGGCCGGGAGCCUGGUUCUUCCUCUUCCUCCCUGUGCUGCUCCUUUUCCCGUCUGCUCCCCCCUUUUCUCUUGGAUACAGAAAAGGAGGAACACGAGUGCAAACACACAGCCAUUACGCUGGCAAAAAACCGUGUACAUAGCCCCUUCCAGCUUUGCAUUCUGUUCUCUCCUUCAUGUGGAAUUUUCCAGCAAAAUGUUUAACUCAGGUGUGAAUUUUGAAGAUAUUUCUGGAAUAUUUCAUCUUCUUUAAAAAAGGAAAGGAAGAAAUACCAAAGUGUGAAAUACUUGCUAGUUUCCACGGAGCUGCCAGUGUGGACUGGGACGCUUGGUGGACUUUCUGGGGAAUGUUCUCUCUAGUGGCUCCUUCUGUGUGGACCAGUGUGUAAAGUUGUAACCUGAAGCCAUUCCAGAAAUGGUAACUCUUCUUUUUUCUUUCUUUUCUUUUCUUUUUUUUUUUAAAGACUGAAUACCCAGAAAGCUGUUGAGAUUCAAAGGAAUCUCUCUAUUUCUAAACAGAUUUGUGUAAUGAUGAUAUAAACUGUUCCACUGUUAAGAAGAGGUUUACAGGAUUGCUUUGGGUUUUUCAUUGUGGGGAAAUGUGAGGGCAUGUAAUGAAAUGGGCUGGGGAGUGCGCGCUGUUAGCCUGCGUCCCACAUCGGAGUGCCUGGGGCUGAGUCCUGGCUCUGGCUCCUGACUUCAGUUUCCCACUAAUGCAGACCCUGGGAGGCAGCAGGUGAUGGCUCGGGAGUUGGGUUCCUGAUACCCAUGUGGGAGACCUGAACUGAGUUCUUGGCCCCUGGCUCCAGCUUUGGCCCAGCCCUGGCUGUUGCAGGCAUUUGGGGAAUGAGUUGGAAUGGGACUUCUAUGUCUCUCAACCUUUCAAAUAAAAAUGAAAAAUUCAAAAGAAAAUAAAGAAGGUGGAAAAUAUUUCAGACUGGCACAUUGUCACUUUCCAAACUGGUGCUGAAGAUGGUGCACAUUAAUACAGGGUCCUGAAGCGUUCAAGGUGCUCUUUUUUUUUUUAAAGAUUUAUUUAUUUAUUUGAAAGUCAGAGUUACACAGAGAGAGAAGAGGGAGAGAGAGAGAGAGAGAGAGAGAGAGAGAGGUCUUCCAUCUGCAGAUUCACUCUCCAAUUGGCUGGAACGGCCAGAGCUGCACUGAUCCGAAGCCAUGAGCCAGGAGCUUCUUCCAGGUCUCCCACGUGGGUGCAAGGGUCCAAGGAUUUGGGCCAUCUUCCACUGCUUUCCCAGGCUACAGCAAAGUGCUGGCUCGGAAAUGGAGCAGCCGGGUCUCAAACCAUAUAGGGUGCUGGCACUACAGGCAGUGGCUUUACUGGCUAUGCUGCAGCGCCAGCCCCGAAGGUGCUCUUUUUGACAGAACCAUCUUGAGGGCAGAGGGGGCUAGGGACUGAUGAGUGUUUAAAAUCAAGUCAUUUGGAGACUUAAGAAGAGGUGGAGGCUGAAGUUAAUAUAAGAGUACUUCAAAAAGUCUCUGGAAAAAUGGAAUUAAAAAGGUAAGGUUACUUUGGUGCCAAAAAAAUUUUUGAAACCCAGGCACAGUUUUUUUUUUCAUAAUAUGCAUUUCCAUGAAAUUUUUGAAGACCCUGUGUAUCUCGUAUCCCAGGUAUCCUGAAUACCAAUUAUUCAUUAUUCACAAUGGAGAUCAAUAGAUAUGUAAGGCAAAGGUAAUUUAUUAUUUUUAAAAUUUUUAUUUACUCGAAAUAUAUAGGGAGCAAGAGAGAGAGAUCUUUAUCAGCUGGUUCACUCACCAAAUGACUGCAGUGGCCUGGACUGGGCCAAGCUGAAACCAGGAGCUUGGAACUCUGUCCAGGUCCCUUAUGUGGAUGGCAGGGGCCCAAGUACUUGGGCUAUCUUCCGCUGUCUGUCCACACACAUUAGCAGGGAGCUGGAUGGGAAAUGGAGUAGCUGGGACUCCAAACCAGCAUCUAUAUGGGAUGCCAGCAUUGUAGGCAGUGGCUUAACCUGCUGUGCCAAAAUGCCAGAUCCAAAAGAUAAUUUAACAUUCAUAUGUAUGUGGCUUUGGUAUAUAUUACCAUUUUUGGUACAAAGGUUGAGGUACAGGGAAGUUAUCCUUGUGGUUUGUCUAGGUUAAUAAAAAGUUAAAUAGUUGCCAUUGCUGCAGUAGAUAUUGGAUGGUGGGAAUAGGGAGCCCUUAAUGCCAUUUUCCAUGAGUGUUUCAGAAUCUUAGAAAUCAUCAAUAGUUAACUUCUGAUGUUGGAAUGGGGGCUUAUAUGAAGACUCCUAUUUCAUGUCAUGGAUGGGAGAAGGCCUACUGGUAGUGAUUGUCUCUCAAGGAAAGAUCCAGUUAAAAAGGGGAUAUAGCAAACAGACAGCAAGAGAAGACUCCAGCUCCACCACUCAUGGCCCAUCUGUGCAUGUCUGGCACACACACAUGCAUAGUACACUCCUGCUUGUAUACUCAUGGAGGUCAGAGUUCACCCUUCCCUGCAGCGUCCUGGCUACCUUGCCAUCCUGCUCAGUUGAGUGCUAAAAGCUGAUCUCCCACACUGUCCAGAAUUCUGGUUUUCACGCAUUGGCCCAUGGUUUUUGUAACAGAAAUAAACAGAACUGUAGUACAA